AUGCCUUCAACUCGGCCUUUGUUUGUGAACGAGCGUCAGGAUUCCGAGGACAGAGAUGUAGACGAGGACACGGCACUGUUGGGGAAGCAAGGCAGUACACCAGCUCAAAAGAACUGGGCAAAGUUCUGGCGGGAAUUCGCUCUUUUCACCUGGGCUUCCCUUGCAACUGCCGCAGUCAUUGUCCUUGCCGUGUAUUCUCAGCAUCAACAACAGCGUACCCAUCCAAACAAUGGGAAAGGAGUGCCAAAAGGAAAGCGAAACUUGAUCUUUAUGGUCAGUGAUGGUAUGGGGCCAGCCAGUCUGUCUCUAACACGCAGCUUCCGACAAUUUCAGGGUAAGAGUUGGUCGAAAGCAAAACUGUCCUAAAUGGCAUGCUAACUAUGGACUCAGAUGACCUCCCAAUAGACGAUAUCCUCGUACUCGACCAGCACUUUAUUGGGUCUUCGCGUACCCGAUCAAGUAACAGCCUGGUAACUGAUUCUGCCGCUGGUGCUACUGCCUUCUCUUGCGGAUCCAAAAGCUACAACGGCGCAAUUUCCAUGCUGCCUGAUCAUAGCCCAUGCGGGACCGUCCUCGAAGCUGCCCAAAGAGCUGGCUAUAAAACUGGCUUGGUCGUCACAACCUCGGUAACAGAUGCCACGCCUGCCUGUUUUGCCGCUCAUGCACACAUGCGAUCAGAAGAGGAUUUAAUCGCUCGGCAAGAGGUGGGAGACCACCCUCUAGGGCGUGUUGUAGAUCUCAUUCUUGGCGGUGGCCGUUGUCACUUUUUACCAAACUCAACAUCUGGAAGUUGCCGAGGAGACGAUGAUGAUAUCACCAAGCUAGCACAAGAGAAAUAUGGGUGGAACUAUAUUGAUGAUAGAGAGGGAUUUGAUGGACUAGAGCUAGGAAAUGAAGUGCAGCUUCCAUUACUAGGUCUUUUUGCUCGUUACAACUUUCCUUACAAGGCACGUAUCAUUCGCUCAUCGCAAUUCUUUGCUGACCUUUUGCGUAGCUUGAUAGACGUAACUUGGGUCAUAUAUACCCUACGCUGGAAGAAAUGACUCAAACUGCCCUUACUGCUCUAGAAGAAGCCACUCGAGAUAGUGAACAGGGAUUUUUUCUCAUGAUUGAAGGCAGUCGCAUUGACCAUGCUGGUCAUGCAAACGAUCCUGCCGCUCAGGUUCACGAGGUCAUGGAAUAUGAUAGAGCCUUUGAGCAUGUUCUCGGAUUUCUAGACAAGUCUUCUACCAACGGUAUUUUGAUCGCUACAAGUGACCACGAAACUGGCGGCUUAGCUGUUGCGAGACGUAAGUGGAGAUUACCCCCGGUUCUUUUCUUGGAUUUCACAAGAUCAACAAAAUGGAAUGAACUGAACCAGUCGAGAAUAUUCCUGGCUCUCUGCUAACAUGCUCUAGAGUUGAAACCACCACCUAGCUACCCACAGUAUGUAUGGCUACCAGAAGUUCUUGGAAAUGCCUCAAGUUCUGCUGAAAACUCGUAUCGGCGCCUAUUAAGACACGUAUCUGCUGGUGAUGACAAUCUCGAAAAUUUCAUUAGAGAGGAACUUGUUCGAAAGGGCCUGGGCAUCACGGAUGCGACUGAUGUUGAGAUUCAAAGCCUCAUCGACAAUCCUGAACUCGGCUCUCCAAUCUUUGCGGAUAUGAUCAGUCGCCGUGCUCAAAUUGGGUGGAGUACUCAUGGGCACACUGCUGUUGACGUCAAUAUUUAUGGUUCUCGUGGCUCACAUGCCUUGCGUGGUAACCAUGAAAAUAUUGAGGUCGGCAAGUUUCUCCGAGACUAUCUGAAUGUGGAUGUUCAAGCAAUUACAGACGAACUCGCGGACAAGUCUAAGUCAUUCGUCGCGUCGGGAGUGAAUUCCGAAACGUGGGCAGGCAAGCUCCCAAGCGAAGAAUCUCUAGAGUCCAUGAAAUAUGGCGAUGGAGUAUCACAAAGCCUGGAUCUUGAUAUGCUGCAGUAA